UGAUGUCACCGACAGCGCCUUUCCCGUCCCCGUCUGCUCUUCCGCCCCACCCUCUGCCACUCAGCCGACCAACCAGCUGCGGGAGCGGGCGGAGGAAGUGACACCUGACUCUACCUCCUCUCCCUCCCAUCCCCGUCCCUGGUCUCUCCCAAAGAAGUAGGUUCUUAGCCUGUGAUACAAAGGACCCCUUUGGCGGCCAGCUGGAGCCUGUGCGCUUUUCUUCAAAUAAUGGCUUUUAAAGCUCAAGACUAGAAAGUUUAGGAUUACAAAGAAAAACGGUUCUUUUCACAUACGGUUAUCCUUGUGAUGUAGCAUUUCGCUUGACAUUUGGAAGUCGUUCAAUAUCAGAGAGAAACCGUAUCUAUGAAACUAGAGAGGCUGCUCAGAUGACUGCAAACCAGCCAUCCUUACUUGUUUUAUCACUAGGAGUAUUAUAAAGACGGUCGUCCAGUUUCUUGAAUCUUGUAGGGUUUUUUUCAGAUACAGCAAUGUACAAAAAUGUGCUGCCCCAGCAGAGCACACUGGACAUUCAGGCAUGGUGCUGGAGUUUGUCGUCUCUUCACUGCCUUCUCUAGACCUUAGCGCUUACCUCAUGUUAACACUUUAUAUGCUGCGAAGACAGAAACACAGUCAUCCAAAUUUGGCAAAAAUAUUUGGGAGAAAUUUUAUUUCAGGUGUUUAACUGAUUACUUUUAAUAUGUAGACUACAACACCAAACUCUGAGAAUACUCCACAGACUUAUUAAUGGUUUCCACCCCCGUCUCUGCAAAUCUAUCAGGUGGCCACAGAGUGCAUGUGCUAUGAGGGACCCGUCCGACAUAUACCCUCCCAGAAGAGCAGGAAAGGGGGUUCAUAAAGAUGUUCUUCUGAUGGGGAGUGUCCUAUAAGGCCACCUUCACAUGGACAAACUGGAAACACAGGUUAUAUCACCAAGGCUUUGACUGAAACAUCAUGUUUUCAGAUAUGACCAGAAGGCUUUAGGGGACCAAGGUUGGCUUUAUGGAACCAAUAAAGUACCAUCUUGGAAAAACUGGCUCUUGGGUUCCCAGACUUACAGAUCAGUUGUGCUGGGGGAACUAAGCUACCGUGUUAUAAGCAGACCUAUUGUGUGGACAGGAACUAAAGCCUGCCAAAUACCGUGUGCGUGAGUCUGAAAACGGACCUUUCAGCCCCUGUCGAGUCUUGAGAUGACAGCAGCCCCAGCUGAAUGCUUGACUGCAACCUCAUGAGAGAACUUGAGGCAAUUCUAACCAGCUAAGCUGCUCCCAGAUUUCUGACCCUCCAAAACUGAUCUGCAGGGUACCAAGUUAUCUGCUAGAAGGCCCAGGUCUUCUCUUCUUACCAGCCCCGCUGCUACCGCCAUGAUGUAAAUCACUAUGAUCUCACAUUGGUGUUACUUACUGCGAUAGCCAGCAAAGCAGCUCCCUUCCUUCCACUCUUGGCCUCCUAAGGUCUGUUUUCCAAUAGCAAAGUGACUUUUUAACAUUUUUCAGAUCAUAUGACGUUCCUGUUUUAAAUCUUUAUUGGCUUCCCCAUGUCCUUAGAAUAACAUCCACUUCUUACCACGGCCUAUGAGGUCUCAGGUGACCUGGCUCAGGUUCACCUCUGCCCCCUCCUCUUAUUUAUUAUGCUCCAGCUGCACUGGCCAUUUUCUUCCUCAAACACACUAAGCUUAUUUCUACCUUAGGGGUUUUGCAGUUCUUUCACCUCCUGCUUUAAUUCCUCUCUAACGAAGUUUUUUUUUAAAUAAACUUUAUUAAUAUCAGAAAUCACUUUAUUUGUAUAUUUAUUUAUUUGUUUUCUGUCUACGUCCUCACUGAGCCUUUAUCCAAUAAUCUUGUUCCUCAUUUUAUUCUAGCACCUAGUAUUGUGCCUGCCAUUCCAUAUAUACCUUUUGGAAAGAUCAGUGAACAGACUCCAGCUAUACUAUUUUUUAAAAUAGGAUGUACUGGAAGAGGAGACCCACAGAAUCAAAGGAACAGUUGAAGACUCAAAAGAACAGGCUCAGAAGGGGCAGGAAUAGGGAGGGGCAGGAAUAGGGGAAGCAAUUAGGAUCUAGGUAGCAAGAAGGGUCCGAUUGGUUCUGGCCACUUUUUUCUACUCUUAUGUUGUUCCACUGAUGAUGCAAUGCUCAAAAAAUCAGAUCAUUGGGAGGCCGAGGCGGGUGGAUCACGAGGUCAGGAGAUCGAGACCAUCCUGGCUAACACGGUGAAACCCCGUCUCUACUAAAAAUACAAAAAAUUAGCCGGGCGAGGUGGCGGGCGCCUGUAAUCCCAGUUACUCUGGAGGCUGAGGCAAGACAAUGGCGUGAACCCCCAGGGGGCGGAGACUGCAGUGAGCCGAGAUCGCCCCACUGCACUCCAGCCUGGGCAACAGCGAGACUCCGCCUCAAAAAUAAAUAAAUAAAUAAAUAAAUAAAUAAAUAAUCAGAUCAUCCUCGUGUGGGUCUCAAGAUUAUCAUUUAGCUCAGGAUACCUUAACCAAACUUCUCACCAAGACUAUAAACCAUGGCAAAGAAGACAAUUCUAGCCACCCCCCCCCCAAAAAAAAGUAGGGUUAUUGUCCAAAGAAGGGAGGAAUGGACACACCCACAGUCAAAAACCCAAAACAAAACAAAAGUCUGCAAUAAUCUCUGACUUGACAUUUUGUCAUCUAGAAGACAACUACUUUCUUUCUUUCUUUUUUUUUUUUUGAGAUGGAGUUUCCAGGCUGGAGUGCAGUGGCGCGAUCUGGCUCACUGCAACCUACGCCUCCUGGGUUCAAGUGAUUCUCCUGCCUCAGCCUCCUGAGUAGCUGGGAUUACAGGCGCCUGCCACCACGCCUGGCUAAUUUUUUGUAUUUUUAGUAGAGAGGGGGUUUCACCAUUUUGGCCAGGCUGGUCUCAAACUCCUGACUUCAGGUGAUCUGCCCCGCUAGGCCUCCCAAAGUGCUGGGAUUACAGGCGUGAGCAACCGCGCACGGCCAACAUCUACUUUCUUGCAGUAUUAACUGAUGUUUGUUUAAGAGAUAUAAACAGAUUUCGGCCGAGCUCAGUGGCUCACACCUGUAAUCCCAGCACUUUGGGAGGCCGAGGCGGGCGGAUCACGAGGUCAGGAGAUGGAGACCAUCCUGGUUAACACGGUGAAACUCCAUCUCUACUAAAAAAUACAAAAAAUUAGCCGGGUGUGGUGGCAGGCACCUGUAGUCUCAGCUAUUCGGGAGGCUGAGGCAGGAGAGUGGCGUGAACCCAGGAGGCGGAGCUUGCAGUGAGCCAGAUCGCGCCGCUGCACGCCAGCCUGGGAAACAGAGCAGGACUCCGCCUCAAAAAAAAAAAAAAAAAAAAAGAUAUAAACAGAUUUCAAUAUUAAGUCAAAUAAAAGAAGAAAGAUAAAUCUGUUCAAAAUUAUAGAGCAUACUAAAAAGAUAUGCUUUUAAAUGUCUUCUCUGUCCUAUGAUUCAGAAUAAACUAGAGGUCAGGAGACAGUUCCAUGAGAUAUGUCCUUUUGGAUAUCCCAAACUAAAUUAAUUCUCUCAUUUCCCUGACAUCUGCUUCUCGUACCAUAUUAUCUAUCUCAGUUAAUGAAAUUACUAUUUACUCUCUGACUGGCCUAGGAAUUUGUUUAGACAGAGUUUACUUGUCUAGAGUAAUAAACUGGAGAAUAAUAUUUGUUUCCACCAUCUCCCUCAUUUCCCACACUCAAUUAAUCAAAAAAUCCUAUCAGUUCUAACUCAAAUUCUCCAACCUAUCUCUUCCUCGCCAUUCCCAAUACCAAUGCCUGUGUUCAGGCCCUUAUUACCUUUGGUCGUGAACCACUUGCAACAGUUUUUCAGUGGUCUUCACUCAAUCCACUUAAGCCCAUCUCUCACACGAUUGCCACACUUAUGACUCUAAAACAAAGAUCUAUGUCUGCCAGACUCUUCUUUAAAAGCUUCUAUAAUUCCACACUGUCUACAAAAAUAAAAGCCAACCGCCUCUGUGUCUUAGUUGAAAUGACAGAAUACAAAAGUUUCUCAGAAUGAUUUAUAAAUGCAACCUUUUCUUUAAUAUGGAGGUUCUUUAACCCUGGUAUACAUGAGAAAACUUGUAGUGCAUUUAAAGAACACUGAUGCUAAGACCUCAAUCUGAAAAAGUCUGAUUUAAUUGGUCUGGAAUGAAGCCUUACAUCAGCUUUUUAAAGACCUCCCCCAAAUAAUUCUAAUAUGUAGUCAGGGUUGAAAACUACUAAUUUAUAAUGUGGCUAGAAAGACACUUCUACUUCCAGACAGCAUGCGGUAAUAGGGUUGGUAUUCAUUCCCCUUCACCCCUGACAGAAAUUACUAAAAAAUAGGACAAGAUAUAUAAAAUAAUUAUUUUCAGACACUGGAUAUCAGACAACAUAGGAAAGUUAUCCAGGAGAAGAGAGAAACAGGCAAAGUAAGCCAUAUAACUGUCCUACUUAACUGCCCCAGAGCUCACAGAGAGGGAAUCCAGGCAGAGCCUGGUGAUCUCCCUGAGUUGAAGAGAUCAUGCAGAGAUUUGAGAAGGCCAAGGCAGGUAGAGUUCAUGGGGAAGAGUACCAGAAAGAAUAGAAAAUUCCAGAGAUCUGUGGAGAGUCUCCCUGAAUAUUCAGCUGAAUACUGAUCAGUAUAUCAGGAAACUACCAAGGUUGGGGUAAGAACCACACAAGAGAAUCAGAUUAAACAAUCCUCUUGGCUCAUACAAGGCUGGAAGUAGUUUGUUUCAUCAUCUACUAAAGUAGGAAAAGCCUCAUAAUUAACAGGAUACUGGCUAGAGUACUUAGAAGGGUAUCACCCAAGUAAUGGGGAAAAUUAAUCAUCUUUAAAAAGUUGCUUGGGUUCCCCAUAAUGAAGCUUAAGAUCAAGAAGGAUCUGUUUCCAACUAACUUAACUGUGACCCAGAAUAAAGCUCAAUAAUGUUUAUGGGAAUGCAAAACUAUCUAACACCCAAUAUGUAAAAUGUUUAAUGUGUGGUAUCAAAUCAAAGUAUUGCCAGGUGUGCAAAGAAGCAGGAAACAGUACUUAAAAUGAAGAGAAAAAUCAAUUACCAGAAACAUACUCAGAACUGAACAAAUGUUAGAAUUGUUAUUAUAGUAUUUCAAAUGUUCAAGAAAGUAGAACAAAGAUUGAUCAAAUGAAGUAAAAUAUUAAUACAUGGGUGGGCACAGUGCCUCACGCCUGUAAUCCCAGCACUUUGGGAGGAGGCGGGUAGAUCACCUGAGGUCAGAAGUUUGAGACCACCCUGGCCAACAUGGUGAAACCCCAUCUCUACUAAAAAUACAAAAAUUAGCCAGGCGUGGUGGUGGGUGCCUGUAAUCCCAGCUACUCAGGAGGCUGAGACAGGAGAAUUGCUUGUACCCGGGAGGCAGAGAUUGCAGGUUGCAAGGAGCUGAGAUCGUAACAUUGACAAGAGUGAAACUCCAUCUCAAAAAAAAAGAAAAAAAAAUUAAUACAUGAAAGUUACAAACUUCUAGAGAUGAAAAAGACAAUAUCUGAGAUGAAGAAUACACUGGAUGGAAUUAACAACAGAUUAGACACUGUAGAAGAAAAAGUUAGUGAACUUAAAGACAUAGCAAUGAAAAUGAUCCAAAAAUAAAACAAGAGAAAGAAGACAAAAAGUGAACAGAGCAUCAGUGAUCAAUGGGAAAAAUUUAAAUGACCUAAUAUAUAUGUAACUGAAGUCCCUAAAGGAAAGGAGUUAUAGAGGGCAACAAAAAUUUUUGAAAAAAUAAUGGCUGAAAAUUGUCCAAGUAUAAUGAAAACUGUAAACACACAGAUCCGGUAAGCGUAACAAAUCCAAAGCACGAGAAACAUGAAAGUAACCACACCUAGGCACAUUUUAAUCAAAUUGCUUAAGAUCAGUGAUAAAGAGAAAAAUUUAUAAGUAUUCAGGAGAAAAAAGAACAUUAUAUAGAGAGAAACAAGGAUAAGAAUGAGAGCAUAACUUGAAAAUUAAAAGACAACAGAGAAGCCAGGUGCAGUGACUCGUGCCUGUAAUUCCAGCACUUUGGGAGGCUGAGGAGGGCAGAUCACCUGAGGUCAGCAGUUUGAGACCAGCCUGACCAACAUGGAGAAACCCCAUCUCUACUAAAAAUACAAAAUUGGCUGGGCAUGGUGACGUAUGCCUGUAAUCCCAGCUACUCAGGAGGCUGAGGCAGGAGAAUCACUUGAACCCGGGAGGUCGAGGUUGCGGUGAGCCGAGAUGGCAUCAUUGCACUCUAGCCUGGGCAACAAGAGCGAAACUCCAUCUCAGAAAAAAAAAAAAAGACAACAGAGCAACAUCUUUAAAGAGCUGAAGGAAAAAAAGAGCAGUCACCUGGAAUUCUACAACCAGCAGAGUAGGUUUCUUGUGCAUACAACCCGUGUAGUCACACAGGGCUUUGCACUCAGAAGGACUGGCUUGGUUUAAUGCUCUGUUGUUGAUGACUUGAAAUUCUUAAUAAUAUUUGAACAGAGGGGUCUACAUUUUUAUUUUGCAUUGAGCCCCACAAAGUAUGUAGUCAGUCCUGAUAACCAGCAAGAAUAUCUUUCAAACAUGAAGGUGAAAUAAAGACUUUUUCACAUACAAAAGCUGAAAGAAUUUUCCCACCAGCAAAUCUGCACAAGAAUAAGAAGGAUUAAAGAAAUUCUUUCAGGCAGAAGGAAAAUGAUACCAGAUGAAAAUAAUGAAGAAUAUUGGAAAUGGUAAAUAUGUCAGUAAAUAUGAAGCUUUAAAAAUAUCUUUUACAUCACUAAUCAGUAAGGAAAUGCAAAUCAAAACCACAAUGAUAUUUCACUUUAUACCCAUUAGGAUGGCAAUUAUUUUAAAAAACAAAAACAGAAAAUAUCAGUGUUCAUGAAGAUAUGGGGAAACUGAAACCCUUGUACACUGUUGGUGGGAAUGUAAAAUGGUGCAGCUGCUGUAGAGAACAGUAUGGUCGUUCCAAAACAUUAAAUAUAGAAUUACCAUAUAUGCAAUAAUCCCUCUUCUUUUGCAACCCAAAAGCAUUGAAAACAGGGACACAGAGAGACAUCUGUAUAUCCAUAUCUGUUGCAGCAUUAUUCACAGUGGCAAAAGGUGGAAACAAUUGAAAUUUCCAUUAACAGAUGAAUGGAUUAAUAAAAUGUUGUAUAAACAUAUAAUGGAAUAUGAUUUGGCCUUUUAAAAGGUACAUCAUUAUAAGCCUGAGCAACAAACUGAGACCCCAUCUCUACAAAAAUACCAAAAAAAUUGCUUGUAAUCCCAGCCAUUUGGGAGGCCAAUGUGGGAGGAUCGAUUGAGCCCAGGAGGUCAAAGCUGCAUUGAACCAUGAUUGUGCCAGUGCACUCCAGCCUGGAUGAUAGAGUAAGACUCUAUCUCACACACAAAAAAGUACGUAAUUACAACACAUGCUACAACACGGAUGACCCUAAAAGAGAUUAUGCUAAGUGAAAUAGGCUGGAGACAAAACAACAAAUAUAUGAUCCCACUUAUAAAAGGUGGCUAGAGUAGUCAAAUUCAUAGAGCCAGAAAGUAGAAUAGUGGUUACCAGGAGGUAGGGGCGGGAGAAUGGGUAGCUACUGUUUAAUGGAUACAGAGUUUCAGUUUUGGAAAAAGAGAAAAUUUUGGAGAUGGAUGGUGGUACUUGUUGCAUAAUAAUGUGAAUGUACUUAAUACAACUACUGACCUGUACACUUAAAAUGGCUAAACUGGUAAAUUUGUGGGGGAAGAAGAGUUUAUUUAGUUUUUUUUUUUUUUUUUUUUUGAGACAGAGUCUCGCUGUGUCACCAGGCUGGAGUGCAGUGGUGUGAUCUUGGCUCAUUGCAACCUCUGCCUCCCUGAUUCAAGCGAUUCUCCUGCCUCAGCCUCCCGAGUAGCUGGGAUUACAGGCGCAUGCCACCACGCCCAGCUAACUUUUGUAUUUUUAAUAGAGACAGGGUUUCACCAUGUUGGCCAGGAUGGUCUGUGUCUCCUGACCUCGUGAUCUGCAUGCCUCGGCCUCCAAAAGUGCUGGGAUUACAGGCGUGAGCCACUGUGACUGGACUAUUUAGUUCUAUUUAUUCAUUUAUGCAAUGAUGGUCUCAGCAGUAGGUAAUAAAAUAUAACCUUAUAUUUAAAAUUCAUUUUUCAUUUUGAAAGGUUUGGAUCUUUGUCUCUUCUUUCUACUUCACUAUUUUAUUUAUUUAUUUAUUUAUUUAUUUAUUUAUUUAUUUAUUUAUUUUUAAUGGUGGUGGAUCUGAGAUCUACCUUACUGUUUUAAAUACUUAACUGCGACCAAAUAGAAGAUAAAUAAAAAUUGUAUUCCCUUACUUUUCUCUAAGGCCAUGCUGGUACAACUAGAAUUGGCUCUUUAGAAUGUAGGUAUCAUUUAUAGUAAGCUGGAGAUUUGAUCACAGAAUGAUACAUGUAAGAAUGUCAUAGCACAAAAAAAUGCACAGAUAUUUUUAAAAGGACAAAUUUCAGGACACUUUCCAUCUGAGUUCAUAAGAAAGUCCUCUUAAGUAUCCUUCAAAGUUAAAACCCUCUCCCCUUCAGAUUAAUGAAAAUAUUAGGAUGCAUAGAACACAAUGGGCACUGGUGAUAUGGCCCAUGGUAGCUGAAUUAGAUUGAGUAUAAAUGAAGUCUUCACAUAAUAGCGAAGAGGCCAACAGAAGAAAGGCCAGAAAUCCACUUGGAACUCAUGUCCAUGGAAGACCAAAUGAAGUUGAUUUAACUGUUCCCUUAGAAAGAUAUCCCAUUGCUUAGCCCUCAAAGUGCUCAUACUGCUACUUUCCUUCUUUAUAUCACCAGUUCUGGGAGCAAACCUCCUGAAAGAAUGGAAGUAUAGACUGUAAAUACAAGACUGUGGGUACAGCAAAGGGGCUCUGAUGCUCUAGUUGUUUGUGUCUAGAUACUGUCAAAUGUCCCUUGUGAUGCACAAUUGCCCUUAGCGGAGAACCAUUAACCAAAAUAAAUGAAAUAAUAUGUCAUGUUCAUGCAUCAGAAGACCCAAUGUUGUUAAGAUAUCAAUUCUCUAUAAGUUGAUCUAUAGACUCAAUGUAACCCCAAUCAAAUACCCCACUGGCUUUUUGUCUACAUUUACAAGUGAAUUCUGAAAUGUAUAUGGAAAUUCAAAGAACCCAACACAAUGAAAACAAUUUUGAAUAAGAAGAGCAAAGCUCAAGAAUUUGACUAUGUGAUUUCAAAACAUAUAAAGCUACUGUAACCAAAUCAGUUUGGUAUUGGUCUAAAGAUAGAUAAGGGAGGCUGAGGCAGUAGAAUUGCUUGAACCCAGGAGGCGAAGGUUGCAGUGAGCCAAGAUUGUGCCACUGCACUCCAGCCUGGGCAACAGAGUUAGACUCCAUCUCAAAAAAAGAAAAAGAAAAAAAAAAAGGCAGAUAAAUAAAUCAGUCAAACACAAUAGAAACCCAGAUACAGACAAUUAUAUAUGUGGUCAAUUGAUUUGAACAAAGGUGCUAAGGCAAUUAAAUGGAAAAAUGAUAGUGCUCUUAACAAACAGUGUUAGAACAACUGUACAUCUACAUGCAAAAAAAAAAGAUAAAAAAGAAAAAAAAACACCUUGAUCACCAUAUACAAAAGUUAACUCAAAUGGAUCAUAGGCCUAAAUGUAAAAAUGCAAAACUAUAAAACUUCUAGAAAAAAAUAGAAUAUUUUUGUAAUCUGGAUUAAGUAAUGAUUUCUUAGAUAUGACAUUAAAAGCAGAACCAUAAAAGAAAAAACUGAUAAUGUUUAUUUACCACAGCAAAAUUUUAAAAUGUCUGGUCUUCAAAAGACACUGUUACUAAAAUGGAAAGACAAUCUGCACAGUGGGAGAAAAUAUUUGCAAAGAACAUAUAUAAUAAAACUUGCAUUUAGAAUAUGAAAUGAACCCAAUGAACUCAGUGAAACCCAAACAACUCAAUGGAAAAUGGGCAAAAUAUUUCAACAGACACUUUACCAAAAAUAUGUAGAUAAUAAUCAAGCUCAUGAAAAAAAGCUCAAUAUCAUUAAUCAUUAGGGAAAUUUAAGUCAAAAAACCAUAAUAAGAUUUCACACCCACUAGAAUGACUAUAAUAUAAAAGAUGUACAGUAACAAGUAUUGAGAAGGAUGUGGAGAAAUGAGAACCUUCAUACAUUGCUAGUGGGAAUGUAAAAGGUACCACCCUUUUGGAAAACAAUUUGGCAGUUUCUUUAAAAGCAUGCCUAGUGUUAUAUACCCCGAGAAAUGUGCCCAAGAGAAAUGAAAGACAUGUGCACAAAUAAUUAUAGCAACUUUAUUUGUAAUAGCCAUAAAACUGGAAACAACUCAACGAAUGGUGAAUCAAUAACGUGUAGCACAUUCAUACAAUGAAAUACUACUCAGCAACAAAAGGAAAUGAGCUACUGAUACCCACAACAGCAUAGAUAAGUUUCAAAAUAAUUAUGCUGAGUGAAAGAAGCCAGACAACAACAAAGAGUAGAUACUGUAUGAUUCCAUUUAUAUGAAAUUCUAGGAAAUGCAAAGUAAUAUAUAAUGACAAAAGCAGAGGGGCGGGAAGGAGGAAUUUAAAAAGGGCAGAAGGAAACUUUUUGGGAUCAUGGAUAAGUUCGUCAUCUUGAUUGUGGUGAUGAUUUCACAGGUAUACACAUACGUUGAAACUUCAAAUUGAACACUUUAAAUUUGCCCAGUUUAUUGUAUGUCAGUUAUAUCUCAAUAAAGCUGUAGAACAGCAACAACAAAGAGAUGGCUAGACAAGCAUAUUACAGUAGUUGAAGUUUGAUGUUAGAAAUUCACUGAAUCUUCUCUGAAGUCAUUGUCCUCUGACAGUUGUCUGCAGGUUUCAAGCUAUCCACCUACACAGAAUGUGCAAUCUGCUGGGCUUCAAAAGCACACAUUGAGGCAGAUGGCCAACAGCUGACAAUUCACUUAAUUUCUCUUUUUAAAUAGUUAUAUACUUGAAAAAGGAUCGAGUUUGAAUUAAAUCCUCACAGAAAAUUUCUAUCACAGCGUGGGAUUCACUUCAAUAAAGCAUCUUCCCACUGUCAUAAAUCUGCUUGUGUUCUUUUGGCAAAAUUUUCUUCCCACUCAACCUGGCUUUGUUAUCUUGUCAAGCCAGACAAAAAUUCACCUCCUGUAUAAAGCCGUCUCUGAUCAUCUGCCUUUUUUAAUUUUUUAAUUUUUUAAUUUUUCUUUUUUGAGAUAGAGUCUCACUCUGCCACCCAGGUUGGAGUGCAGUGGUGCAAUCUCGGCUCACUGCAACCUCCGCCUCCCUGGUUCAAGUGAUCCUCCUUCCUCAGCCUUCUGAGUAGCUGGGAUGACAGGCGCACCACCACACCCAGCUAAUUCUUUGUAUUUUCAUUAGAGAUGGAGUUUUACAAUGUCGACCAGACUGAUCUCAAACUCCCGACCUCAAGUGAUCCACCGGCCUUGGCCUCCCAAAGUGCUGGGAUUAACAGGCAUGAGCCACCGUGACCGGCCUCAUCUGCCUUUUAGCACCAUAGAGAGGUGCCAUUAACCACCUGGUUUAUAUUGCCAGCAUGUAGGGGCUGUAAUAUGGUACCCCAGCCCCACCUCCCUACCCCAUCAUUAUUUUUUCUUAAAGAAAAUAAGCUUGCCACUUAGAAUUUAAACUUUACAAUUAAGAUAAACUGAUUUAGAGAAUAAAUGUAGACACUUGAAACACAAGGAUCCCCAAACCAGAUUAUAAUCUGACUGAAAAUAUUAGCAUAUCAGAGAUAGAAAAAGAGAUGUACCUAAGAAGGGAGGACAAUCAUCAGUGGACACUUACUGUCCAGGAAAAAAGAACCUAUGUGUACACCUUGAUGCUCUGAAGCUAUCAAAUUAUUUGAAAUUUAGAAUCCACUAAUUAAUUCCUCUUGCUCUAGAUUCAAGUUUCAAAAACAACCUUUUGGCUGUAAUUUGGCUCUCAAAUGUGGCACAUAUACCAAGAGAUAUUUUGCUGGGAUCAUAAAAGACAGUCUAGUUCCCUAAGAUGUUAAAAUUCUCAUUAUAAAUUAGUAAUUUGUUAUUCUGGGUUUAUAUAGUAGUCCUGUGAUUUAUCAGUUUAAGAAACAGACUUGGCUGGGUGCAGUGGCUCAUGCCUAUAGUCUCAGCACUUUGGGAGGGUGGGGUGGUAGGAUUGCUUGAAGCCAGGAGUUUGAGACCAGCCUAGGCAACAUAGCAAGACUCCAUCUCUACACAAAAUAAUUUUUUAAAAGUAGCCGGAAAUGGUGGUACACAACUGUGAUCUCAGCUACUUGGGAGGCCAAGGCAAGAGGAUCCCUUGAGCCCAGGAGUUGGAGACUGCAGGGAGCUAUGAUUGUACCACUUCACUCCAACCUAGGCAACACAGUGAGACUCCAUCUCUGAAAAAAAAAAAAAAAAAGAAAGAAAGAAAAAGAAAAGAAACAGACUUAACAAGUUAAAGACCAGAUUUCAACAUAUUUUCCAAGAUAAUGCCACUUUCUAUGGCCUGUUAGGGAAGUCAGCUUUCCUUGGAGAGAGAGAGAGAGAGAGAGAUGUCUACAGUUCAUCUUUCUGUUACAGCACUUACUCCAUACUCCAGUUACUGAAGCAUAUUAUAGAACUACAGAUUCUGAGUUACCUGAGGGUAGUUUUGUAUCCAGUUUGUGCUGGCCUCCACCAUCAUUGCUCAAUAAGUAACACUGAACUGAACUGAAUUUGGAUAACGUGCAAAGCUGCUUUUUUACAUUUUUUAGUUGAUUGAGAGUUAGAAAAUCGUACCAAAAACACCACUCCCCAAGUAUAACCUCUAAUACGCUAACAUUCAUUAAACCUCUAACACUAUAGCUAAAGUUGUUACAUUUUUUAAAGUACGCUAAACUGGGGAAUUGAUUUUUAAAUGAAGGGCAAAGUAGCACUAACCUCAGUCAAGUUGCUAUAAGUGUUUCAUUUGGUAAUUGUGAAAUUUUUUAAAAACAUUUCAAGACAUCAUUACAUCAACGAAUAUAGGUGUAGUUUGUCAGAUGAGUAACUAUUAAGGAAACCAUGAAUGUUUGCUAUCUACUUUCACAAUUAAACCACAAUUUAGAGGAUCAAAUUCUAACCCUACAAACUUUUUUUUAACCAAAGACAGGGAGAAAAAUCAUACUCUUGUGAUAAGGAGUCAUAAUUCAUUUUAAAUUCUGCAGGAUUAAUGCUGCUUUCCAGAUAAGAAUUCACCCCGUGUACGUAAAGUGAUUAAGGAGCCUUGGAAUUAUAAAUACACAUUCAGAUUAAUUUUUUUGUUCUAAGCUUUAAAUAAAAUUUCAAAGUAUUUUAUAAAAUAAUUAACAUCCCAUAGAUAUGCUUUUUUAAAAAAGUAAUUAUGUCUAUAAAAGUAAUUUGUAUAAGGCAAUAAAAAUUUUACUUUAUAAAAAAAUCAAACAAUGAAUACUUUUUGCUUAAUUCUUUCUUAGGAGCAGUAAUUUAUUAUGGGUUCCUUAGAAGACAUGUGAUUUAUUUAAGCUCUAUUAACUGAAUGUGAGUCUGUUUUCUGACAUAAACAGUGGAUAGUGUUAUGAAAAAAUAAAAUUGUCAGUGAAUAGGCUAAAUUUCAUAGUUCACAAAUAUAGCUAUCCUGAACAUAGAAUACAGAUCCAAUGAACAUUUAGUUUUAUAAUUAGCACUGUUUUAAUCCAAAUUCCAAUUUUAUGCAUGGGAAACUGAGGCCUAGAGAAGUGAAGUAACUUUUUACAGACCCAUUAGCUCAGAGGCUGGAAUCACUAGGCCUGGUAGUUUGAUUUAUGAGUACUACCUUCCAUGAGAUAAAAAGCUAAAAAUGCUGUGAUGAGGACAUGUUUAUUUCUAAAAAGCCUGCAGCACAAUCUAUCUCUUCUCCCAAAAAUCGUAUGUAUGACAGAUUUUUAUGUUACUGCUGCUACACGAAGAAAAUUGAGCCUAAUAUGUUCGGUCUUCCAGGCCAAAGCAAAGGAUUGAUUUUAGAAGGAACUUGUCCUGCAUGGCCUCCAUCCAGCCAUCAGGCAGGGCUCCAGCUCUGCAGGGGAAAAAGAGAUAGCCCAGGAAGAGGGAAUCACCACCCACCCCACCCUGCGAUCUGUAUCUAAGAGAAAUAACCCUGAAAAGAAGAGCUAUAAGAGAUGGCAGUGUGUGCUUUCGUCCGGGUGCACUUCCCGAUCCUUCAUCUUUCAUGCCCAUCUCUGAUGUUUCCAUCCUGGUAUAGCCUUCUGAGUCAUGUGUUCAUCUCUCCUUUGGCUCAACCCAACAGACACAGCCUGCAAUCUCACCUCCAUCAACACAGCAAAUGUCUGUGUCUCAAAGACCUCGAGAUAGAGCUUCCUAUGCUUUAACCCUUCCAGGGGCACACCUUUAUUUCUGGGCAACUCAACACUGUCCCUCCUCCUGCCUCCACCACGGGCCCCAUUACCUCCCUACCCUUCUCCAAGCAGUAGUCACUCAGCGCCAACCCCUCUCAGGCGUCGGGAUCUUCAGUCCGGGGCCCCAGCCCUCCGCGCGGUUCUCCUGCCCAGCGCACCGUGCGUUGCCACCCCCAUCGCGUUCCUCAGCCUCCCGGGCUCGAGCGCAGGAGCUGGCCAUGCUCUCACCUCAUCCAGGGUGUGGCCGCCGCAGCUGCUUCUUCCUCCUCGGCCGCUGCUGCCCAGCUCCCGGCUGGCUCCAGGCGCCGUCUUUCCCGGCUCGGGGUCUGCCGUGGGGACUGAGGGGUUCGCGUCGCGUCCCCGGACCGGUAAGGCGUGUAGUGAGCCCGGCGGGACGCGCGACAGCAGCAGCCAAAGUCGCAUCGGCGGCGGCAGCAGGACCCGCUGUCUGUCGCCUUCAUGGAUUUCCUGGGCCUGGCCACCCCAGUCCUAGCUGCGGUUCCUGCUUGUUUUCCUGGUGUCUUCCGGGACUGCCAGGGCGCAUCCUCUGGGCCUGGCUGAGCAUCCCCGUCAGUUCCCUGGGCCUCGUCCGCGGCUGCCUCUGCCACCUGCUCCGCCCAGAUUGCUUUGGUCCUUCUCCCGCAGACACACUCAGCUGUCCUUCAUCCUCUGUCGUCUCCCCAUUCUCUCUCCACCCACCGCCUCAUUCCCAGAUCCCACGCCGUUUCUUCCUUUCUAUCCGCUCCAAUGUCACCUUCUCUUUAUUUCCAACCUCAGAUAAGUUUCUCCUUUUCUUUCUGUCUCUCUCAAUAUUUUCCCCGGUUUCAUCCUCCUCCCCGCGCCCCCGUAUCAGUCAUCCUUUUAUAAUUUAUCCAGUUUUUCGUCUCCUAUUAGUUCCUCAGAAUCACUACUGCAGGUUGUUGGCUAGCCUCUUUUCUUCCUCUCCCUGUUUCUUUCUCUUUCCUAAAAUCUUUUCCUUCCAAUUUUCCCUUGAGUUUUUCAAUUGUAAAAACUUUCUCCCAAACAACCUAAAUUUUCUUUUCAGUUGAGACUGAUUGCAGUUUUCCAUGAACUCAUAGUAAAGCAUAUAUAGCUUGGUAUCCACCAUAAACCAAGAAAGUGUUUUAACCUUUUUUUAAAGUUGGUCAGUUAAAUAAAUUAUCCCAUAAAUAUUCAUUCUGAAAAUCCAGUUCUUAUAUCCUACAUAUGUCCUUGAAAACAGAGACUAGUUUGCUUUUGUAUCCAACAAAGCAAAAUGUUUCUGCAACACUAUUGCAUAUAGCAUAAGUUCAGCAGGGGAGGGGGAGCAAGGUUUGUCUUUGUAGUUGGGCACUGUGGAUCUCAAGGUUCAUAGGCAACAGCUAUUAUUGUUGACUGACUGAAUGCAGACAAAGCUGAAUUAAUCUCAGCUCAUCCUUCCAAAUCUGUUGCUCAGUUCUGUGUUUUAACCCCAGCCCUAUCUACCCAGCUGCUCAAUCCCCAAACCUAGAAUUUGUCAGGGACCUAUUUCUCUUUUACCCAUCUCAUCCAGUCAUUAAUUCUACUUUUUUACUCUCUCCCUCUCUCUCUAUAGAUAGAUAGAUAGAUAGAUAGAUAGAUAGAUAGAUAGAUAGAUAGAUUUUUUUUUUUUGAGACGGAUUCUCACUUUAUCACCCAGCAGGCUGGAGUGCAGUGGCACGAUCUUGGCCUACUGCAAGCUCUGCCUCCUGGGUUCAAGCGAUUCUCCUGCCUCAAUCUCCUGAGCAGCUCGGAUUACAGGCACCUGCCACCACGCCUGGCUAAUUUUUGUAUUUUUAGUAGAGAUGGGGUUUCGCCAUGUUGGCCAGGCUGGUCUCGAACUGCUGACCUCAAGUGAUCCUCCUGUCUCGGCCUCCCAAAUUGCUAGGAUUACAGGCGUGAGCCACUCACCUGGCCCAUUCUUUCUUUUAAGCCUCCUAACUUAAGCUUCAUCUUUACCUCUCCUUAUCUUUGUCCAAUCUGUCUUAUCUGGGCUCUUUGUCUAACAACCUCUACCAGAAAAUUCUUAAUUAUCUCUUAUUGUUUUGUAUCUUCUUCCUCUCCUUUUCCAUUAGCUUCAUCCCCAGCCCACAAACAUGCUUAACUCUCCUCACUCUUAAAACAAAGUCCUUCCCUCUCUACCUAUCACCAUAUCUCUCACUUCCCUUCACAUCCAAUUUGUUUAAUAUAUUGUGUUCAUUUGAUGUCCACACAUUCUGACUUCCCAAUCAUUCUUUACCUCCUAAUUUUCUGCAAUCAGGCUUCUAAUCCUAUUGCUUAACUAGAGGUAUUCUCCCAGAGGUCCUGGCGAAUUUCAUGUCAGGCAUAGGUAGGCAAUGCCAGAUCAGUUGCCCCUAGUUUUUCUCCCCGCAACAAACGAAUUCAGAUCUAAGAAAAAAAAAAACAAAAAACCUGUGGUAUCAAGGCCACCACAUUGCAGAGCACUCAACCGCCAUUUAACCUACAUAAAUAGCACCUUACCCACUGAAGCCUGCACAACUAAAAACAAUGGCCUUGAGUGGUAGGGCUAAACUCUUGGGUUCAUGCAGUUUAUCCAAAUGAAGGCUGAAGAGGAAUCCCCAUUAUAUGACUCUAGAUUGAUAAAUUACCUAGUUUUGAUUAUGGCCUUAGAUUUUAGAGAUUCAGACUUUGGUUUUGCCCAUAGACACGUGGUAGAUUUUAUCUAACACACAAAUUAAAAGGAAUAGGGCUCCAUAACUUAAAGAGAAUAAGCCAUCUUUUGUAGUUGUGGCAGAUAAACAGUUCAGUGAAGUUACUGCAAACCCACAGCAUUCAUUACUGCUAUGAAGUACUGAGACCUCCAACUCCAGCCAAGAUGUAGUAGUAUAUAUCAAACUAAACCUCCCACUUCAGGGGGAAAGUGGGAUAAAAUAUACAUAAAUAUUUACAUAUUUGUAUAUAUUUAUAUGUGUGUGUGUAUAUAUAUAUAUAUAUAUAUAUAUAUAGUCAUGCAAUGCAUAACCAAGUUUUGAUCAAAGACAGACUGCAUAUGCAACUGGUGGUCAUAUGCAGUUGCAUAUGACUUGCUAUACCUUUUCCAAGUUUAGAUGUACAAAUACCUACCAUUAGGUUAAAAUUGCCCACAAUAUUUAGUACAGUACCAUGCUGUACAGGUUUCCAGCCAAGGAGCAGUAGGCUGGGUGUGUAGUAGGCUAUACCAUCUAGGUUUGUGUAAAUAUAUUCUGAAUGUUCAUACAACAAUAAAAUUGUCUGAUGAUGCAUUACUCAGAAUGUAUCCCUGUCAUUAAGUAAUACAUGACUUUAUACAUAUACGGAUGGUCCCCAACUUACAAUAGUUUGACUUAAAUUUUUUUGCCUUUAUGAUGGUGUGAAAGUGAUAAACAUUCAGUAGAAACUGUACUUUGAAUACCCAUACAACCACUCUAUUUUUCAUUUUCACUACAGUAUUCAACAAAUUACAUAAUCAACACUUUACUGUAAAAUAGGCUUUGCAUUAGAUAAUUUUGCCCAACUGUAGGCUAACAUAAGUGUUCUGAGCACAUUUAAGGUAAGGUAAGUUAAGCUAUGAUGUUUGGUAGGUUAGGUGUAUUAAGUGCAUUUUUGACUUACAAUAUUUUCAACUUAGGUUUAUUGGGAUAUAACCCCAUCAUAAGCCUAGGAGUAUCUAUAUAUCUAUAUCUAUAAUUCUUUGGAGGCAUUGAAGAGUAACUAAAGCAGGCGGAACUUAAAGCUAUGAUCCUGGAGAGAAGGCACAUGAGGUGAACUCAGUGUUUACCCUGGAAUAUUUCUCUUGAGGGAAUGCUCAAAACUAAGUGCAAGACAAUAAAAGCCAAAAAAAAAAAAUACAGCAGUUUUUCUGGGCUGAGGAAUAAGAGGCUGUAUUAGUCUGUUCUCACACUGCCAUAAAGAACUACCUGAGAUUGGAUAAUUUAUGAAGAAAAGAGAUUUAAUUGACUCACAGUUCUUCAGGUUUAACAGGAAGAAUGACUGGGAGGCCUCAGGAAACUUACAAGCAUGGUGGAAGGUGAAGGGGAAGCAAGCACGUUUUACCAUGGUGGAGCAGGAAAAAGAGAGUGAGGCGGGAAGUGCCACACACUUUGAAACCAUCAGGUCUCAUGAGAACUCACUCUCACUAUCAUGAGAACAGCCUGGGGGAAAUCUGCCCCCAUGAUCCAAUCACCUAAUACCAGGUCUCUCCCCCAGCAGUGGGAAUUACAAUACAGCAUGAGAUUUGGGUGGGAACACAGAGCCAAAUCAUAUCAAAGGCCAAAGUUGAGGGCUACCAAAGUGCCUCUGAUUGAGGGCAAACUCCAAGAGGGGAGAAUUGCAGAGGAGCUCAACAAUCUAUGCAAAUUGCCAUCAUGAUAGUGAUCUAAGUUCCUACACUCAGCAUGCACAAAGAAAGAUGCCAAAAAAAAAAAUCAGAAAACAGCAGUUUAGGAUCUAAUGAGGUAAGUGAAGAUUUCAGCAUCCAACAGAAGUUGGACUUCAAGCCUUGAUAAGGUACCUAGAUACCCAGGGUUUUCAGUUGAGAUCUCAGCACAUCCUUGGAGUAAGAGCAAUAUAAUACUGAAAUAAAAUAGAUCUAACAAAACUUGAAACCAAGCCUUUUCAGGAUCAAAGUUAUCUGCCACUAUUCUUUCUACUUUCCAGGAGUAGAAAGUAGAAACUCUAUGGAGGUAGGUAACAUUAUCCAGAGUCUACAAUUUUGUCUUAUACAAUAUCUGGGAUCCAAUACAAAAUAAUUAUGAGCCAUGCAAAAGAUCAAAUCCAGAUGACUAAACACUAAGAGAAAAACGUUAAUAGAAACAGAACUAGAUAUUAGAAUUGGCCAGGACUUUAAAUAACUAUAAUUAAUAGUUUUAAGAAAAUAGAAGAAAAGGUGGACAAAGAUGAAAGAUGGGUAAUUUACUUCAGUAUAGAAUUGGAAUCUGUAAAAACAAUUAUUGGACAAAUAUUCUAAAACUAAAAAUUACAGGCCGGACACGGUGGCUCACGCCUGUAUUCCCAGCACUUUGGGAGACUGAGGCAGGCGGAUCAUGAGCUCAGGAGUUCGAGACCAGCCUGACCAACAUGGUGAAAUCCCCGUCUCUACUAAAAAUACAAAAAUUAGCUGGGCGUGGUGGCAUGCACCUGUAAUCCCAGCUACUCAGGAGGCUGAGGCAGGAUAAUUGCUUAAAUCUGGGAGGCAGAUGUUGCAGUGAGCCAAGAUCACACCACUGCAUUCCAGCAUGGGCAACAGACAGAGACUCUGUCUCAAAAAAAAAAAAAAUUACAAUAACUGGAAAUAAGAACCCUUUGGGUGUGCUUAACAACAGUCUGAGUACAGCAGAAGUCAGGAUUCAUGAACUGGAAGACAGGUCUGUAGAAAAUAUCCAAACUGAAGGACAGAGAAAAAGGAAAAGAACAUAACAGACCUCAAAAACACAGUAAAAAUGUCUAAUAAGUUAUUAAUUGCAGUCCCUGAAAGAGAGAGGAAAGAGAGGAGCAGUAUUUCAGGAGACAAAGCUCAAGAAUUUUCUAAAACUGAUAAAAGGCAUCGACCUCUCAGAUGCCAGAAGUUCAGCCAACCCCAAGAAGAACAAAAGACCAUUAUCACUCAGAAAUAUUAGAAGCAGUUUCAAUUUAGAUAUUUGCUGAAGACAAUUCUUAAGUUGAAACAAAGGAAGAACUCUUGAUUGAGAGGCAGGUUUGAUAGGUCUAAGCAGUUCUACAGCACUAGACAGUGGCAUGAGUCACGGUGGUAUGGGCUUGAAAUGUCCACAUAGAAAAGAGUGUGAAAAUUGCUGGGUGCGGUGGCUCACGCCUGUAAUCCCAGCACAUUGGGAGGCCGAGGCGGGCGGAUCACUAGGUCAGGAGAUCGUGACCAUCCUGGCUAACACAGUGAAACCCCGUCUCUACUAAAAAUACAAAAAAUUAGCUGGGCGUGGUGGCGGGCGCCUGUAGUCCUAGCUACUCGGGAGGCUGAGGCAGGAGAAUGGAGUGAACCUGGGAGGUGUAGGUUGCAGUGAGCUGAGAUCUUGCCACUGCACUCCAGCCUGGGUGACAGAGCGAGAUUCCGUCUAAAAAAAUAAAAUAAAAUAAAUAAAUAAAUAAAUAAAAAGAAGAGAGUGUGAAAAUUAUAUAAUAAACAGAACCCACACUCAAAUCAGCCCUUUAGUGCCAGAAAAAAAAGAGGGAUUCAAAAGAGAAAUGGAAAUUAAUGGAUUUUGAUUAUCCUGGUGGGAAAUCAAAACCAAUAAUUUCACUAAACCAUAGUAACUGGAAACUGAACCUGCCAACCUGUAACUUUCUAAAUUUAGUAAUGAAGCACCAAGAUUUCAAGUGUUGCUCUCUGAGAGAGGAGACCUGUAUUAAGUGAUUUCCAACCCCCAUUUGCCACAUAUUAAACACAGUAUAAUUAACCUCUUCACAGUAAACAUUUAUCUCAAUUGACUUUACGGUUAUAGGUCACAGGCUCAGAUAAUUGGCAUAUAAUGUUUGUCAAACCAGAUAGGCUAACACUAAAUGGUUCCCUCUUCUUUGUCUACUUGAGUUUCUGCUAUGAGUUUGGAAGCAACUGUGAAUCUGAAUUGUUCCAAAUAUUGCACUGGGUUCUGAUAAUAUCAUUUUGUUUGGUUAGCUCUAAGACUUUGAAAUUGACAUUUUAAAAAGUAGACUUUAUUUUUUUAAAGCAGUUUUAGGUUCAGGACAAAAUUGAACAGAUGAGAGAGGUUUCAUACAUACAUCUUGCCCCCGAGACACAAACAGCCUCCCCCGCAUCAAAAUCCAGAGUGUACAUUUAUACAAUCAAUGAACCUACAUUGACAUACAUUAUCAUCCAAGGUCCAUAGUUUACAUUCAGGUUCACUCUUGGUGUUGUACUUUCUAUGGAUUUUGACAAAUAUAAAAUGGUAUGUAUCCACAGUUAUAGUAACAAAUAGAGUAGUUUCAUGGCCAUGUAAAUCCUCCAUGUGCCACAUGUUCAUCCCUCCCUCUUUCCAACCCCUGACAACCACUGAUCCUUUUACUGUUUCCACUGUUUUGCCAAUUCCAUAGUGUCAUAUAGUCAGAAUGAUACCAUAUGCAGCCUUUUCAGAUGGGCUUCUUUCACUUAGUAAUAUGCAUUUAAGGUACCUCCAUGUCUUUGCAUGGCUUGAUAGCUCAUUUCUUAUUAGCACUUUAUAAUAUUCCAUUGUGUAGAUGUGUCACAGUUUGUUUUUCCAUUUACCUGCUAAAAGACAUUUUGGUUGCUUCCAAAUUUUGGUCAUCAUGAAAAAAGCUGCCAUAAACAUUCAUGUGCAGGGUUUUGUGCGAAAGUAAAAUUUCAACUCUGGGGAAAUACCAGGAAGCCCCAGUUGCUGGAUGGUAAAGUAAGAGUAUGUUUAGUUUGUAAGAAAUACUUGUCUUCCAGUGUGGCUACCAUUUUUGCAUUCCCCACCAAUAAUGAAUAAGAAUUUCAACUGCUCUGCAUUCUUGCCAGCAUUUGGUGUUGGUGUUGGCCUUUCUAAUAGGUAUGUGGCAGUACAUUAUUAUCGUUUUUAUUUGCAAUUCUCCAAUGAUGUAUGAUGUUGAGUAUUUUUUCAUAUGCUUAUUUGCCAUUUGUAUAUUUUCUUUUGCAAAAUGUCUUUUGGCUAUAUUUAUGUGGGUCUCUUUCUGCACUCUCUACUCUGUUCCAUUGAUCUAUAUUUCUAUUAUUUUGCCAAUGUCACACUGUCUUGUUUACUCACAUAGUGUUAGUCCUCCAACUUUGUUCUUCUACUUCAAUAUUGUGUUGGCUAUUCUGAGUAUUUGCUUCUGCAUAUAAAUUUUAGAAUCAGUUUAUAAAAAUCCACAAAAUAAUUUGCUGGGAUUUUUAUUAGAAUUGCAUUGAAUAUAUGGGUCAAGUUGGGAAGAAUCGACAUCUUGACAAUACUGUCUUCUUAUCCAUGAAUAUGGAAUAGCUCUCCAUUUAUUUUGUUUAUUUAUUUGUUUAUUUUGAGACAGGGUCUGACUCUGUUACCCAGGUUGGAGUGAAGUGGCACCAUCUCGGCCCACUGCAAACCUCCACCUCCUGGGUUCAAGCGAUUCUCGUGCCUCAGCUUCCUGAGUAGCUUGGAUUACAGGCACCUGCCACCACCCCCAGCUAAUUUUUGUAUUUUUAGUAGAGACAGGGUUUCACCAUGUUGGCCGGGCUGGUCUCAAACUCCUGACCUGAAGUGAUCCACCUGCCUUGGCCACCCAAAGUGCUGGGAUUACAGGUGUGAGUCACCGUCCCCAGCCAGUUCUCCAUGUAUUUAGCUUGUUUUUUAUUCUUUCAUCUGUUUUUUUAGUAUAGUCACAGAAUUGUGCAAUCAUUAUCACUGUGUAAUUUCAGAACAUUUUUAUCACCCUCAAAACAAACUCCAUACUCACUUACCCUUUCCAUUUCUACCACCGGCUGUUCCUCUCCCCAGCCCCUGGCAACCACUAAUCUUUUUAUAUUUAUAAAUUUACCUAUUCUGGACACUUCAUAUAGAUGGAAUCAUCUAACAUGUAGCACAUUAUGUCUGGCUUCUUUCAGUUAGUAUGGUGUUUUGAGGUCCAUCCACUUUACAGCGAAUGCCAAUAUUUCACUCAGUUUUUUAUUGCUGAAAAUAUAUUAUAUUGUAAGGAAAUAUCACAUUUAAUGUACCUAUUUGUCAGUUGAUAGACAUUUAGGUGGUUUUUGUUGUUUGUUUUUUGCUAUAGUGAAUAAUGCUGCUGUGAACGCUCAUGUACAUGUUUUUCUUUGGACAUAUGUUUUCAAUUACUUUGGGUACAUACCUACGAGUGGAGUUGCUGGGUUAUAUGGCAACUCUGUUUAACUUUUUUAAACUGCCAAAGUGUUUUUACAAAUGGCCUCAUAAUGUUUACAUUCCCACCAGUAACUCAAUGUUUUUCCACAUUCUAACCAUUUGUUAGUAUGUGUCUUCUUUAUUAUAGCCAUCCUAGUGGGUGUGAAGUGACAUUUCACUGUGGUUUUGGUUUGUAUUUCCCUAGCUAAUAAUGUUGAGCAUCUUGUCUUGUAUUUAGUAUUUAUUUGUAUAUCUUCAUUGGAGAAACAUUUUUUCAAAUUUGUUGCCUAUUUUUCAAUUGGGUUGUUUGUUCUUAUUUUAUUACUGAGUUGUAAGGGGUGUGUGUGUGUGUGUGUGUGUGUGUGUGUGCUGGAUGCAAUUCCUUUACCUGAUAUGAUUUGCAAGUAUUUUGUCCCACUUUGAGGGUUGUCCUCUCACUUUCUUGUGUUUUUUGAAGAAAAUAAGUUUUAAAUUUUGGUGAAGUCUUUUUAUCUAUUUUUUUCUUUUGCAGCUUGUGCUUUUGGUGUCAUAGCUAGGAAACCAUGCUGGAUCAAAGGUCACAAAGAUUUAUUCCUGUGUUUCAUUCAAAGAGAUAUAUAGUUUUAGCUCAUAGGUUGACAAUCCAUUUUGAGAUAAUUUUUAUAUAUAGUGUGAUGUAAGAGCCCAUCAUCAUUUUGCAUGUGAAUAUCCAGUUGUCACACAUCAUUUGUUGAAAAUACUCUCCUUUCCUUAUUUUUUUUUAAUUAGACCAUAUAUGCAUGUGUUUAUUUUUGGGACUCUCAAUUAUAUUCCAUUGACCUGUAUGUCUAUUCUGAUUUCAAUACCACACUGUCUUAAUUAUGUUGCUUGUUAUUAAGUUUUGAAAUCAGAAGUAUGAGUCCUUCUCACACCUUUUUCCUUCUUUUAAAGAUGGUUUUAAUUAUUCUGGGUCCUUUGCUUUUCUACCUGAAUUUUAAGAGCAGCUUGUCAAUUUC